GCGACCCAACGCCCAAACUGGCCAUGGCUGCGCUGUUGUGGUGAAUUGUGUUGGGAUUCGGAGCUCGCUUGGUGUUGCUGCGUUGCGGUCAUCUCCAAAAGAGUGCGAGGAUUGCUCCUUUUGUGAUAUGGCCUCGUUAGGCAGGCUGCGGAGUCUGUUCCUUCCGCUCCGCCAAAAUGUGGCCAAAUCCAUGCUCCCUGCCGUCUGGGAGAGGCCCACGUUGCUGCCCUUUUUGCAUCGCGAUAUGUCGAGCUCCAGUGAUUUCUCAGGAGCCGGAGAAAAAGAACCUCCGCCCGCUCCGGGCACUUUCGGCUAUUUGCUAGCACAAUCUGGCCUGACCGAGGAUGCUCUUGACAGCUUGAUCGCUUUGAAGGAUUUCACUGGCAUUGAAGGGCUCCCACCACUAGAGCUCAUUGAGGAGAUGGAUCCUGAAGGGGAGAAGAAAGCCAUGCGUAGAGAGAUUGAGCGACUUAAACAGGAGGAAAUAGAUAAAACACGGGUGAAAACGGUAGAUGAGUUUGGAAGGGCCUAUGCCACAGGAAAGAGGAAAGAAAGUAUCGCUAGAGUAUGGCUUUAUGAAGGACAAGGAAAGUUUACAAUUAACGGGAAAGCCUUUGAUAACUAUUUUCCUGACAUCGCCAACCGUGUUCACAUGCUUGAGCCCUUUGUUCAGACCAGCACACUUGGUGCUUUCGAUGUGCGUUCAACUGUUAAGGGAGGUGGCACAACAGGUCAAUCAGGGGCAAUCCGUCAUGGUAUCAGCAAAGCUCUGCAACUCUUCGAUCCCAACCUUCGACCGGCACUGAAGUCGGCUGGCAUGUUGACGAGGGAUUCAAGAGUAGUGGAGCGGAAGAAGCCUGGAAAGGCAAAGGCUCGCAAGAGUUACCAGUGGGUGAAGAGGUAAUCUCGGGAAGCGGAAGAUUCUCUCGAGAUUUAUUGCUUCGGCCUUACGUGAGCACUCAAAUGAGAAGUUUGCAUUCAACCAUGGUACUGCACAAAGCUGUCCCUUGUUCUUUGUCACCUUGCUUACGCUGAGAGAACUGAGACACACCAUUACUAUCAAAGUGGCAGUUUAGCCUCGUUUCUUUUUUUAGUAUAUGGUACAAAGUGAUGUUUAGGCCUAUGUAGUUUCGGAUUGACAUUACUUCAGGAUUUGUAUCACAAAUAGAUUCUUACUCUAGCAGACAAUUGUGAUGAAAAACUUCAGCAUGUUCCAGAGGCAAAUCAUGCUUUUGAACCAUUUUGAAUGCUACAUUGAUAUUUGUGAUUUGAAAGAAACGUUUCACAGCAUCCAUUUAUUCUAUCAAA